UUGUGUUUUGUGCGGCGCGUGUGACGGUCUCCACGGUUCUCUUUGGCGCAUCGACUCCACUCGAAUUGACUCGAAUUGACUUGGCUUGGCUUGACACGCCGAUCUUGACACGCAAGCCAGAAUGAAACGUGAAUUGCUCGUAGACACAAAUAAAAAUGGAAAAAGAUAAAGAAAAAAAACAAAAUUUAAAUAAUUAUUUAUAUACAAUAGCAACAACAACAAUAGAAGUAAUGACAAAUGAGUGGCUGAAAUAUAAGUUGAACUGCAGUGUUUAAGCUAAGUGAUUGACGGCGGUGAUUCUAGUAGAAUUGUGUUUGGCCAUCGAUUUUUACUUUUUUUGAUUUUUGUAAGCAACAAUGUGGACCAUGAAACUCGCCGGCUGCGCGGCUACGAGCAUUUAUAAACAUACAAACGCGUUCUUGUUUUAGAGUGCAAAUGUAAACAGUGUUUUUGGCGUGCAAAAUUCGUGGCAAAUGAAUGCAGGUGUUGUUGUAAUUGUUAAACUGUUAGAUUUUGAAGUGAAAAUAAUUUACAUAAAAACAUACAAACAAGUAUUUAAAAAGCAAAGGGUGAAUAUAGAAAUUAGAAAUAGUGAAAUUACUGGUGAAUUAAAAUUAAUUUAAGCGACCAAAAAAUAAUUUGGGUGAAAACAAAAAGUGAAAAACAACAACAAAUACAACAAAACUAGCGUAAAAUACCAACUUUAAACAGCAACAACAAGCAUCAACUGUUUCGACUAACAAACUGAAGUUGAGCUUUCAGCUGCUGUGAAUUAUCGGCAUCAACAAAGCAACCACACCAAGUGUUAAUCAUGUUUACCGCAUUCUGUGAAAUAUUCUACAUAAAAUCUCUAUUGCAAAGAACUAAGCGCUACUAAAACCAAAUUCAAACUGAAAAACGUAGCAUUAUUUAUAUGGGCUUUUAAAAUUCAAUGGAAAUACAAUUUGGAAAAAAUAAAUAAAUAAAAAAAUAAAUAAACAAAAAUAAAAUAUUCAUGCAAAUAGUUAAUAAAAUAAAGCCAAUCUUGCGCAUAAACUUAAAACUUACAUUUGCGUGUGUGUGAGUGAGUCUUGGUGUUGGUGGCAUAAAAUUGAUUAUACGCCGUGUGCUCCAUUGGGGCACACGCCAAUCAACAAUCAGCUGCCACAGCCACAGCACAUAACGGACAAGUGUGAUAACCUGAAGUGUCUACGCGUGGCGCGCUGAGAUUUUCACACUUCAGGAAACUUACGAUAAACACACGCGUACAAACACACGCGUGCGCGCUAAUAAAGAGUUCCUCAUACGCCGAGCUGGAUGCGAAAGAAUCGAAAAAUGUCUGAGUCACGUCGUCCUUCGGUCAGUUUCACCGCCAUGCCUCCGGGCGUUCUAGUCAACGACAGCCGCAGCAAUUCCACCGACGAUAUACAAAUCGCAUUAGCGCCACACAUACAAACCUAUCUAAGUCAAACGGGGCGACGGCAUUCCUGCUGCAGCGUUAUGUUGCCGGUGGCAUUCGAGCGCGCCUCGUCCAAGUCCUGGAUGGAUCCGAAAUUCGAUUCACCCGUGCUGGAGGGCCAAUUUCAGACCAGCGUAUUCCCGCACGUACGCAUGCGUUAUAGAUUUGCGCUCUCCUAUAUUUUGAUCUGCUCACUCUCGUGGUUCCUGUACUUUCUGAUCGAUGGCGGCUCGGAGCAUUAUUGGCGCCCGAUUUCGAGCGCAUUCUCAAUGCUCUCACUCAUCACGAUCACCGCCUUGUGCUUCACGCACUGGGACAUGUAUCGCGCCUAUCGGAGAUUGACCUCCGCUCUCACAGCCAUUGUGCUGUGCGCUUUCUCACUGGCCUUUCUCAUUUGCACUGGGCGCGCCUUCAGUCCGCUCGGUCACUUCUCCAUAUGCGUCUCGAUCGUGUUGCUCAUAUACACCGCACUACCGAUGCAACUCUGGCUGAGCGCCUUCAUCGCAGUCGUCUACUCUGUGCUCUUUGAAGUCGCCUCACACAAGGUGGGCAGUAGCGCCACACAUGGCACCGCAACCGAGUGUAAUAAUAAAAUUAUGUUGAUGCGCAUUCUACUGCACAUCUGUGUCCACCUGGUGGGUGUACAUGUGUUGGUGAUGAAUGUGGUGCGCAUGCGCGGCAUGUUCAUGAAGAUUGGACAGAAUUUGUUGGUACGUCGCCAACUGGAGAUGGAGAAGCAACUCAAGGAGAAAAUGAUACAUUCGGUGAUGCCACCUAAAGUAGCCGACAUGCUGCUGAACGAGGGUGGCGCCAGCGGUAUUGAUACCAAAGAUGGUGUAGUCGAUCCAGACUCUCACUAUGUGCGACCACGUACUUCCAACGACCUCAAGUCACUGUUUCGUCCAUUCCACAUGCAUAGCAUGGACAAUGUGAGCAUAUUGUUUGCGGACAUAGUGGGUUUCACGAAAAUGUCCUCCACCAAGACGGCCGAGCAACUGGUGGAGAUACUCAAUGACCUGUUCGAGCGUUUUGACGAUCUCUGCACGCUGAAUGGCUGCGAGAAAAUCUCCACCUUGGGUGACUGUUAUUAUUGUGUGUCGGGUUGUCCGGAACCACGUGCUGAUCAUGCAAUCUGCUGUGUCGAGAUGGGUUUGGGCAUGAUCGAUGCGAUGCGUUGUUUCGAUGCCCAACGACAUGAGGGUGUUAAAAUGCGCGUUGGUGUCCACACCGGUACCGUAUUGUGCGGUAUUGUGGGCACACGGCGCGUAAAGUUCGAUGUUUGGAGCAAUGAUGUGACCUUAGCGAACAAAAUGGAGUCUUCAGGCAAACCCGAGCAAGUACACAUCUCAGAGGAAACAUCCAACUUUCUAGGGGACUCAUAUUUACUUGAGGAGGGCGAAGAAGUUUUCGGUCAUCGCACUUAUUUUGUAGUCGGUCGACGAAAAGAUGUAUCGCGCGCCAACAGUCUCAGCCCGAGCAUACCCGCCAACUACGACGGCAGCCACUUGCAGCUGCCAGGCAUACCUGGACAACCAACGCCACUCUCGCAGAGCGCCACAAACAUUUCGGUUAUACAUCCAAAUGUACCACCCGCCUCGCCUGUUGGACAACUUUCUUCCUCACUCAACCCCUCACCAGUGCUUUCGAUGCGACCGCGUCUCACUUCGCUCAGCAUGAAACUGCGCAAGAAGUCCCAAAGCCGUGAGCGUGACAUCGAACGAGGUAUUGUGCAUCCAGAUGGUAUGGUUGCGGCACCAGUUGUCGUGGUGCGUGAAAGACCAAAGAUUAUUAUAACCACAAAGAGUCUACCCGGCAGUUUGGAUUCUGCUGAUGAGCCCGACAAAGUGGAAGACGGCUGUUGUAAUGGCCUUAACGGCACCAAUAGUCACGCUCAGAAGACUCAGAAUACAGAAGAAAGUGGGCGUACAAAAAUAAAAUUGAAGGUGUGUAAAGUACCACGAUUUUUUAAGAAAAUUGAAGACAUCGUCAAGCAUACAGACAAAUCAUCAAGCACUGAUGCGUCUAAUAAUGUACCCAACUCUAAAGUCACGGUAGUAAAUACUGACGAAACCGUCGCAUUUAUUGAACCAAAUGGUUAUCAUCAACUUCCAGUAGUAAUUGAAUCAUCCAAGCUACCAACUGCAGGACAUACACUUGAAAUACCGCCCCAGAAGCCAGUACUACACCAUGCCGCCACCUCAACCGGCAUCUCGCACAACUACGUGCGUUCGCCUGACGGUAGUUGUUGCUCUCCUGGUCAAUACUCCAUGUUCGAUGACAUCAUCGACAUUCGGUCUUAUAUUAGUCAGUCGCGCAGCGAUAUCUCACCCUUCGGUCGUUCGGGCAGUUACCGUUCGCAAUGUGGUCGCAGCGGAAAAUCUGAAACUUCGCCCUUGCCACGUCCACGUGCUUCCACGCUCACUUCCGGAACGGCUGACAAGAGUAGUGAUGCACCCGCCGCACAACCACUAAUUGCCAGUGGUGUAUCGUUCCCUUAUGCACCUACCACGACAGCCAAUCAUCAUCCUGCAAAUUCACGCAAUUCGAGUAUUUGGCCGGAUGGCCUCAGUAUAUGCCCAUCGGCUACUUCACGCAAGGAUUCCGGCAUCAAAAGUAACUCGCGCCGCUCCUCCAUACAACAACAAAUUUAUGCACUCAACCAAUCCGCUAUUAGUCAGCAUCGCGUCUCUGGUUACUUUACCAGUUCGACAUCAAGCAUUUCGAACAUAGGCGACGUCACAACCUUGCCACACGUGCCACUUCCACCAAUACCACAGCCGUUACCGCAAGUAGCAGAUCCACUGGCAGCCUGUCUACAGCAGUUGCGCAAACAGUCCGAUCUUCAGUUGAUACGCUGCGUGCGCGACAACGCCAAGUCUCAACGUAGCUACUUGGUUAAGCCGCCGCUCAAACGUUUCAGCUUGUACUUUAAGUCAAAGCAGAUGGAACGAGAUUUCCGCUCUAAAGCACAUCGAUUUGGCAACGAAAACGAAACCGAAGGUCCACCCACACUGGCAACACCCCGCUAUAACACAUACAUCGACAUUUUUGUCGGCAUUGCAGUGUAUCUGUGCAUUUCGAUCUCGCUCUUCCUUAUGACACCCAACACCGUUACGCCCAGCUUUCGUCUGUGGGUCUCGCUCUUCACAGUCUUCACCGCCAUCCAGAUAUUUGCAUUGUUCCUCUUUACGCGACAAAUGUGCCGGCGGCACAACACACAGGCGCGUACGAAAGUCAACGACACGGAAUCAUGUGCCGACCGCAUAUUCGAAGCUAUUUCCAGUUGGUACCCCUGGCAUAUAUGUCUGGCCAUAUUGAUGGCAAUGCCGGUAAUACUGAUCAUUGCCAACUUCCUUCUGCUCGAUCUCAAUCUGCUCGAGGCGUUCGAGUACCACUAUGGCUUCCUAAUAUUCGUUUGUAUCGUGCAUUUCUGCAACUUCACACAACUGAACUGUUGGAUGCGCAACACUUUGGCGCUCAUGGCUGCCAUGUGCUUCGUUGGCAUCGCCGUGAGUCAACUGACAGUUUAUUCGAAUCGUACGGACGCAGCAGAGGCGGCGGCUAUCGCACAAAAUGCUACGCGCUUGCCAUAUCCCGGUACUGAAGGUGGAAAUUACCUCAUCGAAGAGAUCAAAUGGUUUCAGGACUAUCACGUAGAAAUUUAUUUGGACCUGCUGCUCAUACUGGUACUGGUUGGGUUUUUAAAUCGCGAGUUCGAGAUCGGCUACAGGCUAACCUUCUACGGCAAUGCCGUGGCCAAUCAGGACAAGAUACGAGUACAGAAUAUGAAAAAUCAAGCGGACAUGUUGUUGCACAACAUCAUACCCAAACAUGUUGCCGAACAUCUGAAGAAUACCGCAAAAUACUCAGAAAACCAUCUUAAUGUGGCGAUUAUCUUCGCUUCCAUAGUGAACUUCAAUGAAAUGUACGACGAAAGUUAUCUCGGCGGCAAGGAAUACCUGCGUGUGCUGAACGAGUUGAUUGGCGACUUCGAUGAGUUACUCUCGCGACCCGAAUUCCGCUGUGUGGAGAAGAUCAAGACAAUCGGUUCGACGUUCAUGGCAGCUAGCGGCCUCGAUCCCUCUCACCGCGGUGACAAGAACGAGCACAUACACGCUUUAAUGGAAUUCGCCAUAGCGAUGCAAGAAGUCGUGGACGCUUUCAACAAAGACUUGCUUGAAUUCAACUUGAUUCUACGCAUCGGCAUGAACAUCGGUGAUGUGACAGCUGGGGUCAUCGGCACGAGCAAACUUCAUUACGAUAUCUGGGGCGACGCCGUCAAUGUGGCAUCACGUAUGGACUCCACGGGUGUGCCGAAUCGCAUACAGAUUGGCAAGGACUGUCUGCCGUUCCUGGAAGACAAGUACGAAUUUGAGCCACGCGGCAGCGUGUAUGUCAAAGGCAAAGACCACAUGGAGGUAUACUUAUAUACGAUACGUAAAGGCGAGUGGGAGGAAGGCAAAGCGGAGAAGGAGGUCAUGGAAAAGGUGGAGAAACCGGUAGCACCCGAAGAGACGGUUGCGGAACCAAACGGUCUGCUGAAGGCAGAAAACGGUGCGGUGGUCGAGCAAGCCGAGAGUGUGCGCUCAACGAACAAGGAAGGAACUUAAAAAACCUAAACAACGCAGUAAUCUGUGAAUGGUAAAAAAUUUAAUAUAUUGUUGGAAAUCAAGUGCUGUGAUGACGAAUGACUAUCGGGCGUUGCAAAGCGCCAUAGUCAGGGGGAACGCGUAGAGGCUUAGAGUAUUAGUUUGGAUUAACUGGCGGUACACGAAAGCCAUCUAACGGAGAAAUAAAAAUUAUAUUGUGAACUAAAUUUCGUUUAUGCUGAAGUAAUGCGUGUGACUGUUAAAGAUGGCCGUCGCACAUGGGUCUGAGGCCUUACGAAACGAAACGGGUAUAAUGAAUGGAAAGGUUUCAAAAAUUGCAUUUAAAGCUGGAGUUUAAACAGACAAAACUAUAAAACAUGUUACUUGGAAAUUCGAUUAGGCAACUAAAUUGUGAUAUUGCAGAUAAUGUUGGGUGUAGACUAAACGGUAAAUGUUGCAUUGGCGGUAGAAGAAGGUAGUGGCAUGAGUGCAAAUAUAUUUAGCGUAAAUUGUUCUAUAAAACUGGCACUUAAGUAGAAAGUAGUUUUUGUUUUUGUUGGAGAAUGUGGGAAGUUGUUGAGAGAUGUUAUGUAGAAAAGUUGGAUUCAUGGAACCUGUGUCAGAAAUUGUAUUGUAUACAAACUUACAUAACCUAUAAAUUGUUACCAUACGAAAUUUAUGCAUACCUACAUACAUAUAUCAAUGUGGCUUUCAAUGUCUUAGCGAUACAUUUAAUACAAACAAAAUAUGAGCAAAUGAAAAAAUUGGUAGAUUGAGACAAGGGAUUUUAAAUGAGAACAAAAGUUUUAAAUAUUAUAUAACGUAAAAAAGUUAAGGAAGCAUCUUAGACAGCGAGAACUUGUUUACGGUGUGAGAAAAAAAAAUAAAAAUAAAAAAAAUAUUUUAAUUUUUUGUAUGAAAAAUAAUUUUUAAUUUUUCAAAAUUUUUUAAGAGAAAAAAUUGUAAAUAUUUUAUUUUAGUUUCUGUUUUUUAUUUUUAAUUGUUAUUAUUUUUAUAAUUAUUAUAUUUUUUUCGUAAUCUGUACUUUUUACUUGUCCACAUUAUUUGUUAUUAUUCGCAAUUACUUUUAAUUUUUUUUACUGCUUUACUUUCCAGCUUCUUUAUACUAUAAUGUUUAAUGUCUUCUAAACAAAAUUUGAUACCAAUUUUACAUUAAAGUUAAGAAAAAAUCUACCAAAUUUAAAAAAAAAAAUAUUCAUCGCAUUUCUAGAGAGGCAAACAAACUUAUUUUCUAUGAUGCAUUAAAAUAUUGAAAAAGAGAAACUCUUCCAACAAAGCACCCCUACUAGCCAAUCUAAAGCACACACAUACUGAUAAGCGCAAGCUCUGCAGAAAGCUUUCAGAAAAAAAUCUUAUAUUUUACUCAAAGCCAAAAAGAAUUUUUUAUAUUUGUACGAUCAGCGAAAGAAAUCAUUUUUGUAUAUUUCCUCACUAUAAUUUAAGUCUUGUAAAUUUUUUAUAAAAAUAAUAGUAUUUUACAAUUGUAAAACAAAAUUAAAAUAAAAAAAAAUAAUAAUGUAUGAAAAAAGUAGCAGAAAAACGAAACACAUAAUUUUAUAACAGUAAUAACAAACUAAGAGAGCAACUUAAAGCAGCUGAGCGAAAGAUUUAAAGAGAGGGAGAGAGCAGCGAACUCGCACAAGCCGAAAAAAAAUGAAAAUUUAUUUUCAAAUUUUAUGAUUUUUUUAUAUAAAUAUUUACGAAGAAGAAGAAGAGUAAGCAGCACAUAUAAAUGUUAGCGACAUAUUUUAACUAGAUUUUAUGUGGAGCAUUCUAAAAAGUUAACUAUUUCUUAGCGCAAUGAAAACUUAGCAUAUUCAUUAUAUUAUAUACCACAUAUAUUACAUACUAUUAACUAUAUAUAUUUACACAUACACAUAUAUACAUCUAUAUGUAUACAUAGUUGCUGUUAGUUUCAUGUAUAUACAAAUACUAUAUAUUUACUACAAACACACUCAGAAGAAUUAUAUAUUUAAGAUUGUUGAACGCGGAAUGUUGAAUUUGAUGCAUUGAGAGGUUUAUAAGCAGAGCGUAUACAUUAAAUGUUAAUCCCCCAUUAGUAUUCGGAUUGUUUAUGGCAUAUUACACUAUGAAAUUAUAUUAUUAACAAAUGAAACUACAUAAAUUCAAUUAAUUAAAGCACAAAGCAAAAAUGUUGAAGACAAAUUCUUGUUGUAUUAAACAAAUGCAUACAAUCCUUUGUAAAUUAUAUGGAUAUGUUUGAAAUGUAUAUCUUGUCAUAUUAUAUAGUAGCCGUAAUUUAGUAGCCCUUGCGAUUGCCCAAAAUAAAACUGUUUUCCAUAUUGAAUAAUGAAUUUAAGCUUCUAACAAAGUAGUGAAAUAAUAACUGUUUUCAUAUAUGUAAAUGUAUAUAUGUAAGUCUUCUUAAUUGCUGAGUUAUUUUU